AAUUACGAAAAAUCAUAGAUGAAUUUGACCAAGAAAUAUUAACUCAAUUCCCGUGUGUUCCUUGCUCUGUUUGUUCCAAACUUAUGUAUCCAAAAAAAUCAAUGUGGAUUCAGCGAGAUCGUAAUAUUACAUAUCCCCUUACUGUUGCGUAUCCAAAUAUCUCAUUAGUUGCCAAUCCCAAUCCACCAACUGACCGCAUUGCAGUAUGUGCGUCUUGCAAAACCAAUCCAAACCGUAAUUAUCCACCUUAUCUUUGUCAAAUUCCACCCGAAAUUACUUUUGUGCCGUUAGAAAAACGCAAAUACUUGUCGCCAAUCUUCUUUCAUUGUUCUUUAGGACGUACACCCGGAGCCAAUCCCUUUUCUGAAUAUAGGACAUUAGUUGGUACUGUCAAUUAUUCUCAAAACCUUCAUUCCUUGAAUCUUUAUUCUGGAAUUCUGGGUGCUUACCUAGCCGCACCUGCAUCUGAUCGCUCUGUACUUCCCCCUUGGCUCGAUAAUUCUAUAUUAAAUGCUAUCGAUUGGCUUAAAGAAAACAAUCCUUAUUUACAUGAAUAUUCGCAAAUGAUUCCAAACACUGACAUUCAAUUUCCCUCUGCUACCCAUUCGUCUGUUGAUCAAAAUACACCUCCAUUUCAACAUGGUGAUAUAGUCAUUCCUCACCAAAAUUUUUCUGCUGAAAUACACAAUGAAGAUGCCCAUUACAGUCGUUUAAUGGCUGGAUUUAUAUCAAAUUCUGAUACUACCCAAAUUCCAAUUGCCCUCAAUGAUCCCAAUCUUGAACCAUUGCUUUUUCCGGACCUGUAUCCAAAUGGCCAUGGUCACUAUCAUGAAAUGAGAAACCA